AUGACCAAGACAGCACCAAGAGCCGCGGCGAACGUAGCCGGGAAAAGACCCGACGCAGCUCCCGGCGAGACAAUGAUGUUGGUCGGGGCGGUUCCAUUCUUGGGUACACCAGCGAUUGUGCUCACGGGGACAGGCGAAGUGACGAGCGUGGUGGGACCAGCAGUGACAUUGGUGGUAGAGCCAGGUCCAGCGGGGGGUUGAGUUGUCGGCACGGUAGCAGGAGCAGUCGGGUAGACCAAGGUGGCAUCGGUGGCCGUGACGAUAAGCUUAACGAGGGGAAUUGUGACGGUAAGAGUCUUGGUGGAAGUGGAGGAGGAAACAACCGAUCCGGGGGAAGAUCCGGUGGUGAUAGUAGUAACCGGGCAAGGGACAACGGUGGCGAUGGUCUGAACAAUGGUGGUGACGGGGACGUUGGGCGGUGGGGGAGAGAGUGUGAUGGUUGGUGGCAGACAAGUGGCGAUGGCAGGGUUCUGAGGGAUGUACGGCUGGCAGAUACCCAAGAAAUAUUCGAGAGACUUGCUGACAUCGGCGUCGUCCUUGCCCCAUGACUGAACACACUCGGAGAUCUUGACGACGAACUCUGCAUGCGGGCAGAAGCAGGCGGCAUUAGCGGUAUCGUCGCAGUUGGUAAUGAAUAACCAAGUCUUGAGGCAGCGGGGGAGAGUUGGUGGGCACUC